AUGAGUUCCACCGCCUGCCAAACCUGCGUUACUCAGCUAGGCAUUUUGUCGAACAGGUUGUGUGCAGGAGCUAGAAACGCGCGCGUGCAGCUGAGGGGGUGUUACAUGCGGUACGAGACGGACGGGGAGGUUGAAGAGGAAGUGAAGAAUUGGGAGUUGGUGCAUAAGGAGUGUGGAGAAAUUAAGGGCUAUGCUUAUGAUGAAGGGACCGGCGCGAGAAAUGGGGCGCUGUGGGCGGUGGAGGAGGGGAUUGUGAGGAGUGGAAAUGGGUUUUGGGAGGCGCGGAAUGAGGGAGUGAGGGCGGUGGCGCAGUGUGAGAGGGCGCUGUUUGGGUGCGAUUGCGCGGAGUGUGUCGGCCGUGCUGCGGAGGUUGCGCAGGACGACUGCGGCGGUGCGCUGUCUGCUGAUGUUUAUUUGAAUGGAUGCUAUCUCAGCUAUGCUACCUAUGCCUACCCCUCAGGUUACAAGAACAAUGGUUCAAGUGGGAGGGUAGCAGCUCUUGUGUUGGGUGGCUUUGCAUCCAUUGGAUUAGCCCUUAUUCUCCUCAUGUUUUUCAAGUCUUGUGGAAAAAAAGAUGAUUAUUAA